AUGUUGGCGUUGUGGCUUUAUUUAUUUUAUUUAUUUUUGAAGAAGAACUGUAACAAAAACCAAACUGUACCAACACAAACUGUUCCCGUACAGUAGCCACCCCUGCAACAGGACAAGAUCUUCUUCUUAACAGCGAUUCAGCACUGAACCACCGUACUCUAAAUCAUCCCCUUAAAAGAAGAGAAGCAGAAAGAUCAACAUCCUGUUAACACUCGUAACCCCUCUGACCUGCUCCGACCUCCACAAACUCAUCAUUAAAAACACAAAUCACCAGCAAACUCCCAGAUCUGAGAGCUGGACAGGCUGCAGUGAGUGGACAGUGGGUGUGUGUGUGUGUGGCGAUGGGUGUUUCAGUGACCCAGCCUCCCUCUCAGAUUACAACCCUAUUUAUAACAUCUCCCACCCCUCCUUCAGUCCCAACCCAAAAAACCACUGUUAGGAAGCACCUUUCCCUCUCAGCCGGCCCGCAGUAUUUGCCCGACUGUCAGCCGAGCUUCAUCUCUCAUCAUUAUCAUCAUCACCAGUCCAUUUUAAAUCAGAUUUAACAGUUCCUGCAUGGGAUUACCACACAAACACAUGCAUACGGACACACUUCUUGUGUAUUUUUCCAAGGAGAAGCAAAGGAUUUUUUGGUGUUUCUUAACUUUUUAGUCUUUUUUUUAUUAGGUGUGUGUGAUGGAUCACACUCUUUUCGGCUGUUUGCGCAGCCCUCAUGCUCCUCCACAGGCCGUGCACCCCGCAUUCGCUCUUCAUGGACGUCCCGAGCACCUCUCCUCAUACCCGGAUCUCUCCAGCUCCUCUCCUCCAUCCACUUGCAUCGUAAGCGGGUAUCCCGGAGAGGAUGGUGGUCUUUUUGGAGGGCACCAGCGAGGGCUGUCUGUGUCCCAGCAGCAGCAUCAUCACCAUCAUCAUCAUCAUCAUUUGGCGCAGCAGGGCGGAUGGCAUUUACCACAGUCAUCCAGCGCUUCACCAUCUGCUGCAGGCGUUCGUCUGGGAUUGGGCAUCUCAGGCCCUGAUUCGGGCUCUUCAGAUGUGGGUCCCGGAGGCCCCAGUCUCUGCGCGAGCACCCCGAGUCUCGGUGCAGGAGUGCCCUCAGGUGCCUCUUGUGUCCCUGGAGGAGAUUUCGGACGGCAUACGAUGUCCCCGGCUGAGGCUGAGAAAAGGAAUAGUAAAAGGAGAAGCGACAGCUCUGAGUCCCAAGAUGGGAAUUACAAAUCGGACGUGAGCAGCAAGCCAAGGAAAGAGCGCACGGCCUUCACCAAAGAGCAGAUUCGGGAACUGGAGGCCGAAUUCGCCCAUCACAACUAUUUGACCAGAUUGAGGCGUUACGAAAUCGCAGUAAACCUGGAUCUCACGGAAAGGCAGGUGAAAGUGUGGUUUCAGAACAGACGGAUGAAGUGGAAGCGGGUUAAAGGAGGUCAGCAGGGGGCAGUAGCCCGAGAAAAAGAGCUUGUCAAUGUAAAGAAGGGAACGUUGCUUCCCUCAGAGUUUUCGGGCAUUGCUGGACUCCAUACGCCAGACUCACUUCUCAACAACGAGGACAGUCAAGACAGCGACCAGAGCUCUGAACACGCUCACUUAUGAUACUAACAACUUAUCUGAGGUCAAGAUCAAGUUAAGUACAGACUGAAAGUACAGACUGAAAGUACACGAAUACUGCACAACAGGUGCCAAUGAGGACAGUUCCUGUUGCGCCGCAAAUAGUGUCAGUCCUCGCUAAACUUGUAAAAAAAUCUAUACACGACUGAUAUACUGUUGUGCCUUUGAAUGAUGCAGCGUCUUUCUCAUACUUAGGUGUCAAUUUACAAUGUAAAGAUGUUUUGCUAGUUUGAUGGAAAUGUUUACACGUUCGAAAAUAUCGUUAAAGGGAAGGUUCAACCAAAACAUUUACUCAUUUGCUCGCCCUUAAAUGGUUUGAAAUCAUCUUGAAAGUUUGUAUUUUAAAGCAACACCCCACUUUAUUUUGAGAAUAGGCUCAUUUUACCACUCCCCUAGAGUUAGAGAUGUUGAGUUUGACCAUUUGUGAAUCCAUUCAGCCAAUCUUUGGGUCUAGAAGAAGCACUUUUAGCUUAGCUUAGCCUAUACAUUGUAUCUGAUUAGACCGUUAGCGUCUCACUUAAAAAAUUAAAAAAAUAAUUUCGAUAGUUUUCCUAUUUAAACCUUGACUCCUCUGUAGUUACAUUGUGUACAGACCGACGGUUUUUUCAGGCUAUGGCUAGGAACUACAGUAUUCUCUCAUUCCGGUGUAAUAAUGAAGGAAUUUGCUGCUGUAGCAAGCACAAUCAUAUUACACUAGUAUUAUUUUUUGGUCCGGCAUAAUAUCAUUGUGCCUGCUGCAACCAUAGUACGAUUGCAAAGUUCGGAGAUUGGCUUGAAUGCAUGCAAAAAUGGUACAAUUUUACUGUUUAUCUCUAGGUGAUUUGUAAAAUAAUCGUGUUCCUUUAAAGGUGACAACAGAUACCCAUUUUACAAAAGUUGAUAUGUCUUAAUGAAAAUCUAUAACUUUGGUAAAAAAUUUCUCAAUGGUAGAGUAAAUAAACACUUUUUACACAGUCAAAACUUACCUUGGUCCACAGUGAGUCGUUUCACUUCGUGGCUCAUUAAAUGCUAAUGAGCUGCUGUUCACCAAACCUUGAGCUUCUGCUGACUUUUGUCUGUAUGAUUGACAAAAUGUGAGAACCCCACACUGGCGUUUUCUUCCUCGUGUAUAAUUUAUAAGUGCUUGACAUUGCAGCCAGCCGUUAUCCAUGUAAAAUGUAUUCAAACAAACAUCUGUACAUAUGAAAAAUGACGCAACUGUAUUUAACAAAUGCUCAGUAGUGAUGGGUCAUUCUUGAACAAUUCGUUCAUUUUGAACAAAUCUUUUGUAUGACUCAAGAACGAUGAGUCCUCUCAGAGAUUAAUUUGUUUAUUUUUCAUCGUUUAGGUGGAGUAGAAUAUUAGUUUCUUUUUUUGAGUCGUUCGUUCAUCACAUGAAAGACAGAAGUCAGUCAUAUGCAGUCAGAGCUGGAAAAAGAUUUGAUCCGUUCAUUUCUUGAGUCCUCGGUUUGAGUCAUUCUUUGGUUUUAUGAAAGACAGAAGCCAAUCAUAUACGGUCAGAGCCUAAAAAAAAGAUAAGAUUCGUUCAUCUCUCGAGUUCUCAGUUUGAGUCCUUCAUUCAUCAAGUGAAAGACAGAAGUCAAUCAUGUACAGUCAGAGCUGGAAAAAAAUUUGAUUCGUUCAUCUCUCGAGUCCUCGGGUUGAGUCGUUCGUUCAUCAAGUGAAAGACAGAAGUCAAUCAUGUACAGUCAGAGCUGGAAAAAAAUUUGAUUCGUUCAUCUUUCGAGUCCUCGGGUUGAGUCGUUCGUUCAUCAAGUGAAAGACAGAAGUCAAUCAUGUACAGUCAGAGCUGGAAAAAAAUUUGAUUCGUUCAUCUUUCGAGUCCUCGGGUUGAGUCGUUCGUUCAUCAAGUAAAAGACAGAAGUCAAUCAUAUACAGUCAGAGCUAGAAAAAGAUUUGAUGCGUUCGUUUCUCGAGUCCUCGGUUAGAGUCCUUCAUUCAUCAAGUGAAAGACAGAAGUCAAUCAUAUACAGGCAGAGCCGGAAAAAGAUUUGAUCCGUUCAUUUCUCGAGUCCUUGGGUUUGAGUCAUCUCUCUUUACAUGCUGUCACAUGAUGAAGGAAUGACUCAAAAACCAGAAGACUUGAAAGGUGGACUAAUCAUCUGUGUUUUCGGCUGUGACUGUGUGUAUUGGUUAAGGUUAUAUGGGACUGUCAGUGUCACGUGAACGAACCACUCAAAUUUGAAAACCUGUCAGAAGAGGUGAGCUAACAUAAUCAAAGACAAAAGACCAGGUAAACAAUAAAUGAUUUUCUCUUUCUUAUAGCAUUCUGGUUAUGACUUGCUUGUAGUGUGAUCAACAUUUGGUGUAGUUGUAGAUGAGUUUGCAAGCAACUCGUAACAUUUUUCAAUAUUUUGGCAAAUUGAACAAAAUGAACAAGACUCAAAGAUCUGAGUCUGUAAAACGAUCCAACUUCCCAUCACUAACGCUCAGCUGGUCAAUGUGAAAAGUACAGCACCACACACUGACAUCACAGCUCUGCACAUGAAGAAUAAUGAUAGGAUUUUAAACACGAGUGAACUGAAGCUGGGGUUUGAUAAUGACAGAAUGAACCAAACAUAAUUUAUAUAUUUUAAAUGUCAGAAUCGCAAAAGCAAAGAAACAAAAGGCAUUAACGUUAAUCGCUUUGCUGUCUGUUUGCAAAAAGAGGAGUGGAGGAGGACACAUAGUCCGUAGUUUUGUUGAUGGGAAGUAACAGUUAAACAACAGUGUAAAAACAUGUGGGGUUCCAUCGCUGAUUUGUGUUGGGACAACAUGAAAAAAUUAAGUUAUCUAAUUCGGUUUUAUAAAUUUUAGUGGAUUGAACAUAAAACAAUUAAGUUGUCCCCCCCAAAAAGACUUAAAAAUUGUGUUGUUUAGCUCAUAUUAAAUAUGUAGUUUGAACAAGUGGCAAUUUUUUUCUUUUCUGAGUGUAGUCUGAUCUCACGAUGAAAUAUUACUAUAUUCAAUUUUGUCACUUUCGUGGCUAAUUCAUACAAAUUCAGUUCAGACGUAUAAAAAUGUUGGACUUUAAAUAUGAGGCAUGUCACUAAACCCCAUACCUAAACCCAGCCAUCAUCAAGGAGCAAAUCGUAAUCAAAUGUACGGAUAAAAUUGUACAAAUUCCAAAUAGCAUUGGGAAAACCAGUACGAAAUUUAAGAAGGUCAGUUAUGAUACAUAAAUACACUCAUACAGUUUAUGAAUAAAAAAACAAGUAAUGAAAAACAUACUUUCAUUUCAACUUGUCUGAGCUGGAAGACAAGACAGAAACCUAAUUAAAUACAAAACACUUUUUUUUUUUAUCCGAUGUCACCUUUAAAGCAUUUUGGAUACUGGUAGACUGUUGGUAGAACUCCCUUUAAAAGCAUUAGAGGUGUUUUCAAAAUCUGACAUGCCAGCAAAGCCAAUUUUUCCUAGGGUCUGGGGCUUCUGGUCAGGUCUUAUGGGUAUUUCCUGCAUGCAGUUCCAUAAAAAAGUCACCCGCAGCACCUUCAAAGUAGUAUUUUUCUGCUCUUUUACUUGAAAAUAAAAUGUAGCAGUCUUAAAAAACAAAAAACGAUUGGUCAAAUCUGGCCUAAUGACAUUCCGUUGGAUUGAAAAACUGUAUGUUUUAGUUUUGCACUGAUUGUGCCUUUAUUGAUACUGAUGUUUUUGUACAAUUUCAAUUUGUGAUCGUAAAUGACGAUCAAUUAAGCAUGCAGGAGAGUCAAACAUUAUGUCAUGUACAUAUAAAUCUCGACAGCUGUAUCAUGUGCACACAAUAACACAUGCUUCAACAAUAAACUUUCAUAUGUUGCCUUGUA